AAAUAAAUUUUAUAGUAAACGAUUAGUUUCGUUCGAAAAUUUGGUUUAUAUAUUAUUCUGUAUAUUUCUUGAAUGUGCAAAGAUCAAGGUAAUAGAUGUUAGAACGUAAUAGAUCGUAAUAGCACGUGCCGGCUUUACAUACACGUGGUUGAUACUUAAUUCAUAUUUUACUUUCGUUAUAAUCUCCGAGUCGACGUGCUCGAGAUCCAAAAUCUCGAGUCCUUCUAAAUAUAAAUUUGUAUAUUUUUACACGUUGCGAGAUACACAUUAAAGCAAAUCCUAAUAUAGUGGAAAACAUUUGCGAGGGAGUUACAUGAGAAUCUCGUGAAACGAAAGUUUUGAGACUCGAAAAAAACAGGGCGUCUUCGUGCUCUCUUAAUUAUCUAAUCUAAUCUUUCUUUUUUGGAUGCUAUUAAGCAUAAAUAUUAAGCAUAAAUAUUAAUUGAUAAUUAAUAUAUUUUACAUCGUCUCAUCGUGAUUGACAACGCAAAGUACAAAGUAGAAAACAAGGACUAACGUAUCGUUUAAAUAUUAUUCGUAGACAUGUUUUCUUUCUAUGUUAAUAGAUUGAUACUCUAUUAUAUUCUAUUUAUAUUUCUAUUUCCUUUGAAAUAUACUUUUUGUUUCUUUCGUUUUCAAUCAUCUAUUCUAAUCAUGUGGUACAGGCAAGCUAAACAUUCUUCGCGCCGAUAAUUUUUUUUUUUUUUAAGAAAACGAAGUGUUUCUAUUCUCGUCCUAAUUGUUUCGAAUUUUCUCUUCAACUUCUAAUGAGCUGAUAUUAAAAACGAGACAGAGUCGUGUUAAGCUUUUCGUAAUCAUACGAUUGCGAGUAAAGUUACACCUAUUAAAAAAGAAACUCUCGAAGCAACGUUAAACCGAGUUUAAUGAAAAGAAAAAAGAAAAAAAAAAAGAAAAAAAAAAGGAAAAAGUCUAGAAAAUGAGCUUACGUGCCGAUGUAAUAGCGUAAAUUGAUCUAUCUUCGUUACGUGCUGGUAGUAUCGGAUAUUAUACAAUGCACGAUAUAUAGAUAUAUAUAUGUACAUUUGUCCGACACGAUGUCAGACCGGUUUCAGUGAUCAUCCAUUGACGCGUUUGUCUUCUUCGGAAAAACAUAUAAGCAAUUAUAGAUUGGAUAAAACCGAUUAAGUUAUAGACACGCGAUAAACAUUCGUAUAUGUUUGUCAAUGCCAAUGCCGAUAGCGAACUGAUUUCAACACGUAUGUAGAAUUUCGAUUAUCGUAUGCUUAUGAAACGGUAUCCGCGGAAGAAUGCGUUUGUUUGCCCUUAAUAAAGAAAAUUUCUUUUCUUAUAAUCAAUUGUAACUAAAAAUAAAUAACAUUCUAAGCACGAUGUUCUUUGAGAGUUCUAUAAAAGAUUGUAUUAUAUGUGGACAUGAUUAUUUUGAUAUCUUUAACUUUUAAAAGAUUGAUAGAGAUGAAUGAUUAAUUAAAAAUAUAUAAAUGCGUAGGCUAUACCAUGGUUGUACAAAAUGAAGUAACUGAAGAAACUGGGCGAAGGAGAAACGAUAUCGCCAGUCUGCGACACGUUGCAUCCAUCUUUCAUUCAAUGCAAAGAAGCAACACGAUCAUCGUCAUCAUCGAACGACGCAUUUUUUCUUAAUAACUUAACUCUUGGUAUUGUUCUUUGUUUCAGAGUUGCGAAGCGAGAGCGACGAAACCGCGAAGUUGACGACGACGGGGAGAAGGUUGAAGAGGAACGAAAGAUGAGAUACAAGGUGAAUGACCCCGAAAACAAUGGAAGGGGAGUGGACGAUGGCAAUAAUAAAAAUUCAGAACUUCCAUGGCAAUGUAAUCACGGAGACGAAAAGUCGAGCAGAAAGGAAACAAGGCUCGUGAUAAUCGUUGUCUUAUUAACGAUAACUGUGAUUACUCUUAUUGUUACCUUAACUUUGCAAAUGAUUGUAUUUUAUAAGGAAGAAUAUAAAGAAAUGUGUCAGAGCGAAGAAUGCAUAAAAACAGCCGCGAGAGUAUUAGAAGCGAUGAAUAAAUCCGUAGAUCCUUGCGACGAUUUUUAUAGAUUUGCUUGCGAUGGUUGGGUCGCAAAGCAUCCGAUACCUCAAAGUCAAGUAUCCUGGGAUCAAUUGAGUCUACUUAGAGAAUAUCUCUUGCAAGAUUUAAGAAUUUUACUAGAAAUGCCUGACGAAGAGAAUGAUCUAAGACCUGUAAAGUUAGCAAGGGCUCUUUAUAAAACUUGCAUGGAUACGGCGAGCAUCGAAACAUUGGGACUAGAACCGAUAUUCGAAGUAUUCGAAAAGAUAGGAUUACCGGCGGAUCCACCUUUACAAGUCAAAGUUCCUUCUCUUGAUUUAUCUCAAAUCGCUGGUAGAACCCGAAGAAUAUUAGGCUUGAAUCUUUUGGUCAAUUUUUAUAUCAGCGAGGAUAUUCGAGACACGACGAGAAACAGAAUAAUGACGGAACAAGUAUCUCCAGCUUUUAGCGAACGAUAUCUUCUCGAUCCACAACGUUUUCAGUCUGAAUUAGGCGAAUAUAAAAAAUAUAUUAAAGCUAUGAUGGAGUUUGCUGGGGCUGGAAACAGAAGUACAAGUUUCGCGGAUGAAAUUUUAGAAUUUAGUACGAAAAUUGCAAAGAUCAUGGAUACACCGGAGGAAAGACGUAGCGUACAUCAUUUCUUUCAUGACGUUACUAUCGAUGAAUUACAACAGCUGACUGAUCUUCGUGUACAGCAAUGGAACUGGACGAGGUAUCUGAAUGGUAUAUUUGAAAAUACAAACGUGACCGUAAAUACAGAGAGUGAUAAAGUUAUUGUAAUGGAUCUACACUAUUUACAGAAAUUGCCCCAACUACUUGCGAUUACGCCGCCUGCUACGAUAGCACGUUUUAUCUGGUGGAGCGUAUAUUCAGCGAUUACGCCGCUUACACUGCAAAAGUUUCGUGAUCUUGGCUUUCAAUUUUCUCAAAAAGUUUUUGGUCUUAAAGAAAAAACGCCAAGAUGGAAAGGUUGUACCGGAAAUGUAAAUGCUAACUUUGGCAUGGCUCUCAGUUACGUCUACGCUCAAAAACAUUUCAAUGAACAGGAAAGAGAAAAGGCUUUAGAAAUGUUAAUGGACAUUAGGGCAGCAUUUGAUGCAAUGGUUAAAGAAUUAGAUUGGAUGGAUGCGGACACUAGACUACGCGCGCAUAAAAAAUUAUACGCAAUGAGACCAUUUGUCGGCUUUCCAGAGUGGAUUACUAAUCCAGAGAAAUUAAAUAAAUUUUAUGAAGGUGUGGAAGUAAUACAAGGGAAAUUGUUUGAAACUUUUUUAAAACUGACGGAUGUAGGUGUUAAGAAAAAUUUAAAUAAUUUGCGAGAAAAACCGGAUAAAAAUCGAUGGAUAUCCACUGGAACUACCGUUAAUGCAUUUUAUAGCGCUAUUUUAAAUUCAGUCACUUUUCCAGCAGGUAUUUUACAUCCGCCAUUCUAUGGAAAUGGAAUAGAAUCAAUCAACUAUGGUGCAAUGGGUGCAAUUAUGGGUCAUGAACUUACUCAUGGGUUUGAUGAUCAAGGUCGCAGAUACGAUGAAAACGGCAAUCUCAGGCAAUGGUGGAGCGACGAAACAUUGCAACAUUAUCAUGAGAAAGUCGAAUGUAUCAUCAAACAGUAUAGUAGUUAUCAUCUUCCUGAGCUGGGUAACAAUUUUACAGUGAGUAAUAUUCUCGUUGAAAAUAUUCCAAAAUGUGCCAAGGCAUAUUGGCUAAUUUACAAAGACAAAGAAUUACUGAUGAUUUUUCAGGUAAAUGGUAUUACAACUCAGGGUGAAAAUAUCGCUGAUAAUGGUGGAAUACGAGAAGCUUAUAGAGCUUAUCAAAGAUUGAAAGCUCGUAACUCGCACCAGCAAGCUUUGCCUGGUCUUUCAGAAUAUACUCACGAACAAUUGUUCUUCUUAGGCUUUGCACAAGUUUGGUGUGGAAAUUAUACAAAUGGAGCAUUAAAAUCUAAACUUAUAGAAGGUGUCCAUGCACCAAAUCAUUAUAGAGUAAUUGGGACAUUGUCUAAUAAUGCAGAAUUCGCGAAAGCCUGGAAGUGUUCAACUAAUAGUCGUAUGAAUCCAGAACACAAGUGCAUCUUGUGGUAAAUUUUUGGUAUUUGACUCAAUCCAAGAUAUAUUUGUACAAUUGUGACAGAAUGCAUGAAAAAAAAAAAGCAUAAAACUGUCAUAUCUAAUUUAAGAUUUAUAUUUAUAUAGACUGAUAGAAGCUAGUGAAUAAUUUAUUAUUACUCUUACAUUGUGUAUUCUGAACGUCAUUUUACGAACUGUAAAUAUCAUUCAAAAAAUAAGUACUUUCUCAA